AUUCCCUUUCGAGUAUACCAUCAUGGCGGAUGAGGUGCGCAAGCUUGUAGCGCAGUAUUUUCAGCUCGUGGAUCCACCACAGUUGGAUAUCCCGCCAGGGAAUGUUCUACUACGCCCCACCGUGCAAGAAACUCUGUACGAGCGCAUGUUCGACGAGUCCCUCACCCCACUCCCACCAGCUGCCUAUCGAACACGAGUACUCAAGCUCGUAAUUGCGAGAAUUGAAGAAUCAAUCACAGAUCCUGAAGUAGAUGAACUAAAUGACAACCUUAUGGAUGCCUUGGGCAUGCUUGUAGCCCAGCCCAAGGCAAACUCCUUGGAACUGGCCCAGAAACUCUCCCAUGUCAAAUACACCGCCCCUUUGCAGUCCUCCUCUACCAAGAAUCGGGAGGUGACAACAAUUGAAUCGCGCGGUCUCAUCCUCUCCGGCGGUACGACCGGGAAGCGCACAUGGGAAGCUGCCUUACAUCUAGGCUCAUUCCUUGCUUCUUCAGCAGGUGAGGCACUGGUGCGUGGGAAACGGGUGAUUGAGCUCGGCGCGGGAACAGGGUUUCUAUCGCUAUUCUGUGCACAUCAUCUAGGCGUGCAAAGCGUUGUGUCUAGUGAUCGUGAGCCUGUUCUGAUUGAGAAUAUGCGCGAGUGCGUACGGUUUAAUCACCGAGGCGACGGACCUUUCCCAUUCUAUCCGGCCUUUUGGGACUGGGGAACGCCAUUGGAGAAGACGCAGGAGUUGGAGUCUUUUGUGGACGAAGAUGACUUGAGGUUUGAUGUUGCGCUGGGUGCGGAUCUGACCUACGAUACGGACAUCAUUCCUCCCCUUUUAUCGACUGUUCGCGAUCUCUUCGAGAAUUAUCAUGUCGAGGAGUUCAUUAUCUCGGUGACUCUGCGCAGCGAGAAAACAUUUCAGACCUUCUUAGAUGGAUGUGAAAGCAAUUCCUUCAACAUCGAGCUUCUUCCCUUCGAGUCCACACCCUCGGAAGAGCAAACCGGCUUCUUCCACUCAACAAGCAUUCCCAUCAAAACAUACCGAAUCUUGAAGGCGGCAUGAAAGUGGAUGUUGUACGUGAUGCAUGAAAAUUAAUGAAGUCAUGAGUAAGGGAGGUUUGCUUAUAGAAAUGGAUUUUGUAUCAUAUCUUUG